AUGGCUCCCACCAAGCUCAAGAUCAAAGGCAAUAAAGCCUUUUCACUUUUAUCUACAAUUGAUACAGAUGAAGAUUUAUCAAAAACUUGGCGUUUAAUGACAAAGGUUAAAGACGCUUUAGAAUAUGGAAUGCGGUUGGAGAAUUUAUCUUGGCGUUUAUGGUUUAUACAUCAUCUUACGGUUCACGACCAAAAAACGCAAACACAAUUUAAAAAGCUUUCAUCGGCUACUACAGAAAAAUUGGAAACCGAAAAAACGACAAAACUCCAAAAUUUAACGGCCCCAAGUUAUCGACCAAAAAAUAAAAUCGAUUUUACUAAAGAUGAAAAAAUUAUUGUUACUACUCCCACUUCAUCAUCAUCAUCUUCUUCUGUUACUGUUAAUAAUCGAAUAAUGACUGAUUCCAAUUUAGAUAGAGUUAAUGAUAAUAGUAAUGUGGUUAUGUCCGUUGGUGGUCACGAUAAUUCAACGGGACUUACUUCUCCUAUCGAAGAUAUGUAUGACAUAAGCGAUAUUAAUAGCCAUCAAGAAUACGUUUUACGUCAAUAUACAAAUGAUCAAGACCCCUUCCAAGUUAUUUCAUUACCUGGUUUUGUACGUUUCGGUCCAGCUCAAGCAUUAUUACAUCCUAAUCAUCCACCUAUAAUGCAAAUAGAUCUAGAUCAACUUAUAGGAGUUUAUAGUAAUUUUCCAUCAUCAUCUGAUUCGUCCGGACCAAACUCUCCAAAUGAUCUCGAAUGGUACAACAAUGAUCUUUUAGCUCAUGACGUUGUAUCUCAACCGACGACUUCUACUAUGGCUAGACAAAAUAUACAAUAUCAUCAUCAAAUGUCAACUCUUUCAUCAAAUGAUCAACAACUUGGUGGUAGAACAACAACAGGAAUUCAUAAUCAUGGAGCUGUUUACGUUCCUAGAACGGUAGAAAAUUCACCCGUUAAUCCUACGCCAAUUAAUACCACCAAUUUAACCUUAUCAAUGAAUAAUACACCUCUUAAUACACCUCUUAAUACGCCACUCAAUACGCCACUUCACACACCACUUCAUACACCUGUUAAUGGAUUACCGAACAAUAACAUAUUAAAUGGAGUUUCCAAUUCGGGUCUUAUAUAUAUGAAUCAAUAUUCUACCAAUACUAAUAAUCAAACUACAAGCAACUCAAAUUCUUCAAUGCAACAAAAUCCUUCAAAACAGAAUGCAUCAACGUCAUCCUCAAACUCAUCAUCAUCUAAUUCAUCAUCUAACUCAUCAUCUACAUCCAAUACUUCAACUUCUACCACUAACACUGCUAAUACUUCUUCCUCUUCUACAAUUGCCGUUCGUCCUUCUACGACGACAACAUCAUCAUCUACAACAACUUCUUCCGAAAACAGACCCAAAAAGACACAUUCUAGUGGUGAACAACAAUGUUUUAACUGUGGUGUUACUUCAACUCCACUCUGGAGACGAUCUGCUAACGAUGAACUUUUAUGUAACGCUUGUGGUUUAUAUCUAAAGUUACAUAAAAUGGCACGUCCAAAAACUAUGAAACCUCAUAUUGUUCGUAAAGAUGCACGAGAUGAUGAGGCAACCCAACCCGUUUGUUCAAAUUGUGAUACAAUGACUACUCCUUUAUGGAGAAGAGAUGAAGAGGGACAAACUCUUUGUAACGCUUGUGGUCUUUAUUUCAAAUUACAUCAUGAGAGACGUCCAUUGUCAAUGAAAACCGAUGUUAUAAAGAAACGUCAACGUUAUGAAAAUGGACAAACCCCAAAUCGUCGACCAGGUAAAAAGCAACGAACAAAUGAAGAUAAAGAUGGUGUUACCACUGCUUCAUCAGCAACAAAUUCUAUGGGAAUUCCUUCAAGUUCAAAUGGAUCCAUGACAAUUCCACAAAAUUCAACUACCAAUACUUCAAUUGGUGUUAAUCCAACAAUUAAUGGAUCCAUUGCGGUAGGUCAAACUUCCGCCCCAUCUCUUUCUACUGUUCGUCAGGCAUCAACUUCUUCAAUUGUUUUAUCUCUUUACAAAACUUUACUUAAGAUUACAGAAUUAUUUCCUGAAGCUAUACACCGGAAAUAUUUAUUUUACGCAAUAAGAGAUAAAUUUAGAUACAGAAGACAUGAAACCUCAGUGACCAAUACCGUUAAAUUUUUAGAAGAAGCUAAAGAGUGUCGAAACACCUUAUUAAAUGCACUUAAAGGUGAUAAAGUAGCAUUUCAACAUAUUGACGACUUAGCAUGGGGUAGAAAGGGGAGACUUCAAGCUGUUUUAACUUUGCUUCGAACCAAAAAAUGGAAAACUAAAACGAAAGCAAAUGUAGUUUCAGAUAUAAGAAGUAUGGAAUCACGAAAAAAAGAUCCACAUCCAGCAUAUAAAAUACCUCUUGAUCGAAGAUUAUAUUCACCACCUAGAAUACAAUUAAGACUUAAACCUCCAUUUCGAAAAGUAAAAAAACAUCCUUGGCGUAGUGGACUUAUUAGACAUAAAGUAACUACUCAAUUAGGUUAUAGAUUUUGGAGAACAAGAGGUUGGAAACAACCAGUUUGGAUUUCAAUGAUGAUGAAGAAACGUAUGGCUCAACAUCAAAAGAAAAUUAAUCGUUUUAAAGUUUUAGAAUCAUAUCUUGAAAUGAUUAAAGUAGAAGAAUCAGUAAUGAAACGAUUAGAUCGAAAUUUAUCCAAAGAUGUUGAAGGAUUUGGUAAAUAA